UUAGCUAGACUGAAUGUAAUUGGAAGAUCAAAGUCUCGAGCAUGGAGAAGAAUGAAUGUGAUGAUGAUCGAACGGCCCUUAUCUUUCUCGGGACAGGCUGCUCCGCCGCAGUUCCCCAUUUCCGAUGCUUACUCCAGCCGUCAGAUCCUCCUUGCCAUGUCUGUUCUCAGUCCCUCACUUUACUGCCUCACCUCAACCCUAAUUACAGAUGCAAUACAUCUCUCUUGAUCGAUUAUUGCUGCGAGGAGGAAGAUGGUAGACAUUAUUACAUGAUUAUUGAUGUUGGGAAGAGUUUUAGAGAGCAAGUUCUUCGUUGGUUUACCUUCUAUAUGAUUCCAAGAAUUGAUUCUAUCAUUCUAACUCAUGACCACGCAGACGCAAUUCAUGGCCUAGAUGAUAUUCGAUCUCUUCAACCUCGUGGUUCAGCCAUUGACACCAGUCCACUUCCCGUCUUUCUAUCUCAAUUUACAAUGGAAAGCAUUUCUACGAGGUUUCCUUAUUUGGUUGAAAAGAAGGUUAAAGAAGUACCUAGACGGGUUUCACAGCUUGACUGGAAAAUCAUCGAAGAGAAUUGUGACAAACCAUUCACUGUCUCGGGCUUAUCUUUCACGCCUCUUCCAGUGAUGCAUGGAGAGGAUUACGUUGCUCUAGGUUUCCUCUUCGGUGAUAAAAGUAAGGUGGCUUAUAUAUCAGAUGUAUCACGCAUCCCACCUAGUACUGAGUAUGCAAUUUCUAAAGCUGGGGCUGGACAGUUAGAUCUUCUUAUCCUGGAUACAAAUGUACCAUCGAAGAGAGGACUACAACCCACACAUCUAUGUUUGCCUGAGACUCUUGAGAUCAUAAAGAGGCUCUGUCCAAAGAGAGCGCUUUUAACGGGUAUGACACACUAUUUUGAUCACCAUGAAUACAAUGAGAUACUUGCGGAAUGGUCUCUAAGGGAAGGCAUUUAUGUACAGCUUGCUCGUGACGGUCUAAGGCUACCGAUAAACCUAUGAGCAAUUUUCUAAAUCCAAAGAGACUAGUCUCAGGAUUCUUGUUAUCAAUUCUAGUGAAAAACUGUUGUAUGAUUAUAAAUCUGAAGUUUGAUACAGAAACAAAUCUCUGUUCUUUUUGUUCUUUUUCUUGGAAUGAUUGAAAAUCUUUAGACCAAGCCCUUGAAACAACUUCUCUAAAUCGGGAAUCUC